AGUCAAGAUCUUUUCUGGCAAGAUGAAUUCUACCAGUUUGUUCCUCUUUUCUCUGCUUCUCCUUCUGGUGACAGGAGCCAUUGGGAAGAAAACUAAGGAAAAAUUCUUGCAGUCGGAAGAAACUGUCAGAGAGAGCUUCUCGAUGGGAAGCAGAGGCCAUAUGUCAAGAAGUUCUGAGCCAGAGGUAUUUGUUAGGCCACAGGACUCCAUCGGUGACGAAGCUUCUGAGGAAAUGAGUAGUAGUAGUAGUAGUAGAAGAAGAAGUAAGAUUAUCUCUAGCAGUUCUGAUGGUUCUAAUAUGGAAGGUGAGAGUUCAUAUUCAAAGAGAAAGAAGAGCCGGUUUUCUCAAGAUGCACUCGAGUGAUACUGCAUUGACCAGCUGAACAUCUGGACCAAUAUGCUGGAGCCAUAUCGCCAGAACAGAGCCCAUGAUGUCUUCAGCAUACAGCUCCCAUGUGGUCUCAGAGGCAGUCCCUGGAUGGCAUUUACUUCCCAUGCUUGUUUGUCUUGAGGUUCUUAAACCUAACAUUUACUCUGGAGCUUUCUUUCCAAUAAAGAGAUAACAAUUUGCAUCA